AAACUAAGUCCUGUAAAGAUGGAUGACGAUGCGUGUAAAGUUAAAAUUGUUGGGAAGGGCCAACGCUCAAAUUACAUGCUCUCAAUAACGAGAUCGUACACCAUUGGGGAGUUAAAGAAGAAAAUUAAUGAGCAAUAUAUGCGCAAGAUAGUUCCGUAUGAAUUGUAUUACAAGAAAGUACUGCUAACGGACAAUACGUUCAUUCAUGAUAUCUAUUUAGGGAGCGAUUUGUUUUCGCUAACUCUAGAAUAUGGGACUGAUGAGAACUAUACGUUUGUACUGGAUGACGGUACCACAAGACGAGCGCGAAUGAAUUCGCAAGAGAAUUUUACUAGUAUUGCGGACUUUGCUGCUUCGAUGAUCAAUGUACCUGUAGAACGUGUUAUCGUAUUGUGCGAUAAUAUUAUUCCUAUUCCUUAUGUAACGCCCACCCAAUAUGGUGUUACCAGUUGUUGUUUCCGUGUCACAGUGGCUCCCUCCCCACUUCCAGACUUGUAUGCACCUGAUCUCGAGUCGACCCUAAAGCGACUCGCGGUCCAUGCUGAUCUUCGUUUGUGUUACUACGCACUAGACUGCUUCUUCGACACCAAUGAAUUCUCCCUUUUGACCAAUCUGGCCAUAAUCACAAGAGACACGCUCAGUAACGUGAACAGCGUUAUAUUCUGGCCUCUAUCCUCUCUGCUGGUGAACAUCGUGGACCGCAUGAUCCGCCUGUACAUCUCCGAAGACUACCUCAAAUUCCCCCAAUUAUCGCCUUCCCCGGAGCACUUCGCCUUCCUCAAAGCCAUCUACGAGUGCAUCGACGCGCUCGUCGGCCGCUGUACGCCUCCUCUCUUUCUCUCUCUCCUCAGUUCUCUUCAUGCAGAUCCCGCUUCCUGA